AUGCGCAAUGAUACGUUGAUCAGAAAAGUCUGGAAGUAAACAAGAUGGCCUAGAAAUCUAGGCUAGAGAUCUAUCUGUAAUUACUAAGAGUAAUCAAUAACUAACUCAUUGUCAUGUGCAGCGCGUAAGAAAAAUCACAGCUUUCGUUUUCAGUUAGAAUAAGCACGACUUUACCAUGAGUGCAGAAGCGUCUUCAACAUCUUCGCCGUCUACGGAGGACGACAAUAAAAAAUCUCCCAACGAAGAUGAUCAACAUGGAACAUACGAGUGUAACAUCUGUCUUGAAACAGCAAAUGAUCCUGUUAUCAGCAUGUGUGGUCAUUUAUUCUGUUGGCCAUGUUUACACCAGUGGCUGGAGACAAAACCAAAUAGGCAAACUUGCCCUGUCUGCAAGGCAGGUAUUAGCAAAGACAAAGUGAUACCAAUUUAUGGACGUGGAAACCCUAAUCCUCAAGAUCCUAGAGAAAAACUUCCCCCCAGACCAGCUGGCCAGCGAUCUGAACCAGAGUCCUCAAAUCCCUUCCACAACCUAGGAUUUGGAGGUGAUGGCAAUUUUCAGUUUUCUUUUGGAAUAGGUGCAUUUCCAUUUGGAAUUUUUGCAUCCACCCUUAAUUUUAAUGAUGGCAGACCUGGACCUCCGCCACCCAAUUCACCCCAGCAAGCAGAGGAGCAGUUCCUGAGUAAAGUAUUUUUAUGGGUUGCCAUCAUAUUUAUCUUCUGGCUGCUAAUAGCGUGAGAUGACUGUUGAGAAUGCUUGAUAAAAGACUACUGUAUGAACUCUGCCUUACGAUUGAACUGCUUCAAGCAAUGGUAUUUAACACUUGAUCAAAUACACUGACUCAAGUGUUCUAUCAUCAGGCUACUAGCCACUUAUGGUAACAUGUUGUCCACUCAUUUUUUAUCACUUGCUAGAGGUUUCAUCUGGAGCAUAGCAUUUUUUUUUAAAUUUAGUUUCUCUUUUAGGGUCACAUAUUUUUCUUUGGCAUUUUAAUCUUCUCAUUUUCACUUAAACGGUGGUAUGAUCUAUUUGUAAUAGAAUUACGUAAUGGAAUUCAAUUAAUUUUUUAAAUUUAUAAUUCAGCUUUCUGCAUAAAGUAAUCAGAUAUAAUUAAGUUUGUUUUAUCAUUGUCUUCCUUUGUAACUGCAAAAUUGAACUGUUUUUUAAAGGAAUAGGAUUUGUGAGAAAUAAGUGUUUAUGGCUAGUACUGUUAUUUAUUGAUUGAUUUUUCAGCAUUAUUAUUUGAUCUUGUGUUGAUGGAUGUUAUUGUUAGAAAGUAAUGACUAGCUAAUCAAAAGCUUUAUUUGAUUUUGUCUCCUUGAGUUUUUAGCUGUGUAGAUAAAUAUUUAAUCAGGGUGGAAGUUGGAAAGUUUGUUUUUUUAAAAUUAAUAUUACAUACUUAUAUUCAGAAAACGAUUGUAUAAAGAUGAUUCUUAAGUUAAACCAAUGAUUUCUAAUGUGAUACUGUGUGGUUUACUGGGCAAAAGUGUUAACAUUUGGACUUUACUUCAAAGCUACACAUUUUAAUAUUACCAGCAAACAUUUUACAGAAAACAAUUUUAUGAGUCUGCAUGUACAAUUACCAAAUGUAAAUGUUGAAAACUUGUAUAAUUUAAAUAAUGACAUGUAUAUAACUUUCUUAACAGUCUAGUGCACUGUUCCUUGUGCUAUUGUCAUUUUGUUCAGGGCUCUGUGGUACACUGUGACAGUUGUUGACCCAUCAAUGCAUCCAUUGUCUAAAUUCCAUUAAGAAUAUUGUAUAUUCAGACCUAGCUCAUUUACCAAUAUUUUUUGUAUGAGGCCAAAAAGAAAACUAUAAUCAUUCUCAGAUAUCAGCAGUGAUAAAGUCAGUAUUCAGUAGGGUGAUGGUCAUAAGAUUGAUGUAUGCUUGACAUUACAAAUUCUGUGUUUGACACCAGUUGGGACUUGUAUCAAACUGAAACUGCACACAGCUAUGUGUAGUUUCAAGUAUGCCACCAUCUGUACUGCAAUUAAUACUGUGCAAUAUUACAUAGUACUGGUGCUUGUUUCAGUUUCCAUACAAGCAAAUUAUGUCUGCAGCCAAAGCUGCUGGUGGCAAAUUCUUGCAAUUUUCUUAAUGCAUUUAUAUUAUUAAAAGCGUGAUUGGUUUCUUGUUUAAUUUUUUUUGGUGUUAGUCCUAUAGAGCGAUUUGAUUUGAGCUAAAGAGUUUACCACCUUCAAUGACUUGAUCUAUUCAUGAUCAUUUCUCUGGAUGUGAACUUUAAUUAUAUUUUUCAGGACUGUGCAUCUAACUAUCACUAUAGUUAUAACUACCUUAUCAAUAUAUUAUUUUUAUGGAAAAGCUGACUACAAAUUUUUUUUAAAAGAAAUACUGAAAUGAUGUAAUGGCAAAUGCUGUGUGCAAGUUGUUUCUCCAUUAUGUUUGUUAGUGUUGUUUAUUUAAAAACCUUAGUACAUUGUUAGGGUAAAAACAUACCAAUAUUAGAAGUUGGUCCAAAUACCAGGCAUCCAUGUAUACUGUUAUAAUCUACAAUAUUACACUACAUGUGGAGUGGGAACCAUCCUGACAAUGGUAUUUGUUGUAGAACUGAAAUGUUCAAGCUGAAUCUUGUGUGUACUGGCCAAGCUGAUUUGUAUAUAUGUAAGUUGUGAUGUCUGUGACUGGUCUAGUGCAGCUGUUCUUGCAGGGAUAACCACAUGCUUCUAUAUUGACAUUUUCAAACUCUUACAUUUAUCCCACAGAAAAAGAGCUUUAUCUUAGCUCUUCAUCUAAUGAAAAGUAUAAAUGUGUGGUAGGUCAAGCCAACACUAAAUAUUGUAAAUAUGCAAGAAAGAUUUUUGUUUACAUCUACUGUACAAAUUUGAUUCUCCAGAAUAAUCGAUUGAUUAUUAAACAUAUUAAAAAUGUUUCAUCAA